AUGGCAGAGCUGAUUCAUAAUUCUUGUCAUGAUAAAGUGCCAAACCUUUGGUUUGUUUGGAAAAAUUCUCUAGUGAGGCCAGUGGUCGUGCAAUCCUCUGAGCAACUGAUCUCUGUAUCUUUGGAGUGGAAUGGGCAGAAGGUGGUUCUUUCUAUGACCCAUGCAUCUUAUCUUAGGCUUGAUUGUAGGAAUUUAUGGGUGGACUUGGGGAUUGUGGCUUCUUUGUCCCUUCUAUGGGCAGUUAUAGGCGAUUUCAAUGCCACUUUGUAUUCCCAUGAGAAGAGGGGUCCAAGUAGAUUUAAUGUGGGUACUGCGGUGGAGUUUCAGGCUAUGGUGGAUGCAUGUGAGUUGAUCUGCUUCCCUUCUCAAAGGUCAAAAUUUACCUGGACUAAUAAUAAAUAUAGGGGUCAUGUGGAGGCUGUGCUUGAUAGGAGUUUUUUCAAUGCUUGUUGGUUGGACGUCUUUGGUGAUCGUGGUCAGCAGGUUCUCCAUCGAUCAGUGUCGGACCAUGCUCCUAUUUUAUUCGCUUUGGCGACAACCCCAAAGCCUAAGAACGCCCCUUUUCAUUUCCAUCAUUUUUGGAUGGAAGAGGGGUCUUUUGAGGGCCUUGUGAGGGAGGUGUGGAUUAGGGAGGUCAGGGGUAGUCCCAUUGGUAGGCUAGUCCAGAAGUUAAAAGCAAUGAAGGGUGCUCUCAAGGGGUGGGCGAGGUAG